UGAGAACCUGCAGGCCAGAGAGAAGCUGUGGAUGGCAGAAAAAGCCCAGGUAAAUCAGCACAUCCAAACAGGAAGCCAGAAAAGCACCUCACAGACAGCGCAAGCAAAACCGCUCAAAAGGAAGGCAGACCAUGCGCCUCCCUCCUCACCAACUGACACGAAUUCUACAAGCAAAAUCAGCAGAGUGGAAGACAACCACACGAGUACAGGCAACAAGCCUGAAACAACAGAUUCAAUGGAUCUCUCAAAGGCAGACAAACAAGGAACAGCAAAGGAAGGGAAUGAACACGAGGACCUAGAAAGGGGCAAAAUUGACGCAACUGAAGGGAGCACGAGUGAAAUGGACGAAGACAAGCCCGACAAGGAUGCCAAUCUCAGUGAGCACAGUGAGGAAGAAGAUGAGGAGGAAGAAGAUGAGGAAGAAGACGAAGAGGAAGAAGAAGACGAAGAGGAAGAAGAAGACGAAGAGGAAGAAGACAGGAUGUCACAAGCCACUAAGGGAAGCAGCUCUUCAUCAAGAGGAAAAUCGGACUCACUGGAGGAAGGGAAAAAAGAAGAGGAAGACAAAGAGGAAAUGAACAUCCAGUGGUUGAAGGAAUAUGUCAAGGAAUUGGAGAGGGAAAGGGAAGUGGAAUUCGAAAUAAGAAUUGCACACAAAAAGCACCUCUUCAACCUGCAAAACAUCAUCCAAGAUCAACAAACAGCAAUCAGCAGUUUCCCCACUGAGAACCAAUUUGAGAUCCUUGAGAAAGAACAAGAACUUUCCAACUUCUUUGCGGAAAGAUAUGCACAUAGAUUGUCUGCGUCAUCAUCCCAAAAUCACACAGCAAACAACAUCCAAAACUGGCCUAAAUCAUACUCGACAGUUUCCAGCAGACGACCAGCCAAAAGAGCAAAAGACCCAAACGGCAGAGCGCAGGGAAACACAACGGCUAGAACAGAGGAAGGGACAGAAGAAGAGGAAGUGAUCCAGCUCAGCACAAAAGAGGACCUGGACAGACAAACCGAAAUCCUCAAAGCCCAAAUCACAGUUCUCAAAGACCAGAACAGGGACACAACAGAAGGCACAGUCAAUUUGCAAAGCCUAGCUGCAGGCAAGACCUCAGAAAUUUUCACAGCAGCCAGACUAGAAGCAAAAAAGGACUGCAAGAAAAGGAUAGCGAUUCCCUACAGGUGGAACGAGACUCACAAGGAUUGGGAAGUGGCUCUCAACAAGGACUGGUCGUUAAUAGCACUGACCAAACCUUCAGAGAAAGUGAUGUUCAAUGAAGUGUCAGAGACAGCGCCAUUGGAGUCUCACAUCCUAGGGCCCAGAGAAGAAUGGAAAGAAGAAUGGUUCGGUCCCUCAAGAGACAUCGUGACAAGUGAGCUCAGACCCUUCAUGGCCCGACUCUCGAUGGAGGCUCAACUUUAUGACCACCUCACGUGGAAACCAUGGAAGGUACUGAGGGCAAUUCCUUAUGGACUGAUGGGAGGAGACGCCCCUGCUGAAAGGGCUGCAGUUGCAGCAUCAAUAGUAGAGGCGCAUGGCCUCUUUGUGGGAGAGGAGGAGCACCUGCAGGAGGUACUGGCCUCAGCAACUCGUUGAACCAAAUCACGCCAGAGCCAGCAGGCUGGUAUCACCGUGAACUAGCCAAAUCAACUAAGGGACCCCAAGCCAACCCAAAUCAAGACCCCAUGACAUU